AUGCGCGCAUCUGACGGGCAUCAGGUCAGAUCUUCUUCUUCUCUUGUUACCUAUUAUAUAUACAUUAUGCUUCUAUCUCCAGGGACAUCUCCAGAUCUACUCGACAUAUAUGGAAUUAAACUCCGCUCCUUUUUUCUCUUGUUGCCUGUUGUAUAUAGACUAUGCUUUAUCUCCAAGGACAUCCCAGAUUUACUCGAUGUAUAUGGAACUAAACCACCAUGUAACUUCCACAAAAUAGUGCAAGUGGAACAAUCGCAUGAUAGUCAUUCAUUACCUUUAACUGAGACCGCUAUCUAUGAUAGGCAAUAUAGUCGGAAUACAAUUUCCGUGCAGCACGCUGUCCAUGCUCAACAUUCCGUGAGAUCGAAACUCCCAUCCGGCCUUCAUAUCCAGACACGUAGAAUAAUCUCGGAUCAAGCAGUUGGACUUUGCCAUCAGGUUUCCCUAGAGAUGUUGCGCUGUCGAGAACAGGCAAAGCAUUCAGCCAAAACUGUCGAUGAAUCCACCGGACAGUAG